AUGAACUCAGACACUGAGGCUUUCCACAUUCUCACAGACCCCAUCUUGGACCCCUCUCGAAUUUGUAUGGCAUUCUCUCUCUUCGUCUUCUAUAUUAGGCUAAUGUAUUCCUUCAGUUUCCACAUCGCCCUAGGUCCCAAGCUAAUCAUGAUCGGCAAAAUGGUUACCAACGAUUUGAUUCCCUUCAUGAUCAUCUUAGCGGUCAUAAUGGUUGGCUACGCUGUGGCGGCACAAUCGAUUGCCUACCCGAACGGUUUUUACACAAAUGACAAGUUAUCCAUUAACGGGAGUGUUAAAGGAAUGACCUUUAUCGAAACUAUCUUCUCAAUGUACACCACAUCGUAUUUCCAAAUGUUCGGUGAUUUCAGUCUGGAUACACUUCAAGGCGAAGGU